AUGUAUGAAUUCAUAGCUUUUCAUUGUACUCAACUGGUAUGCUUCUUUUUCUUAUAUUUCUUCUUCUUUUCAUUCUUCUCUUUCCUCCUUCAUCGUUUUAUUCUUGUCAUUUUCCUUUUUCCUUCUUUUUCCUUUUUCUUUUUCCUUCUUCUUUUUCUUCUUCUUCUUCUUCUUCUUCUUCUUGUCGUUUUUCUUCUUCUUUAUUUUUCUUCUUUUUUACUUUUUUCUUCUUGUUAUUCUUUCUUCUUCUUCUUUUUCUUAUCUUUUUGUUUGUUCUACUUGCUUCUUCUUUUUCAUCUUUUUUCUUCUUUUUCUUAUCUUACUCCUACUCGCUUCUUCUUUUUCUUUCCUUCUUAUUCUCUUUUUUCUUCUUUUUCUUUCCUUCCCAUUCUUCAUUUUCUUCUUUUUCUUUUCUUCUCGUUCUUCUUUUACUUCUUUUUCCUUCAUCUUCUUUCUUUUGCUUUUUUCUUCUUUUUCCUUAUUGUCAUUAUUCGUCAUUUUUCCUCUUCUUUUUUCUUGUCUUUCUUCUUCUUAAAUUUCCUUCUUUUUUCUCCUUUUUCUUUUUCUUGUUUUUCUUCUUCUUGUCUUACUUCUUUUCUUCAUUUUCUUUUCUUCUUCUCUUACUCCUGUUUCUUCUUCUUCUUCUACUUUUUUUCUUUUCCUACUCCCUCUUCUUCCUUCUUCUUCCUCCUCUUCUUCUUCACAAAAACCUCUUAA